GACUGUGGAAGGACUGCGUAGGGUAGGUUCCGUAGUUUAGGGGUCAGGUGCACGGGACGAAGGGGAGCAUGCUUGCGUGCCCGUGAGCCCGUGCCUCCUUGUCCGUCAGGACACAGUUCAUUCAAAGCAAGGCGUCGCAAGGCUGCCUCAGCUGCUGCUGCUCCUCCUCCUCCUCCUCCCGAGAGUGUGAAUUUCACUUCUCCACUCGCACAUUGGUCGCUGCAGAUCGAGUUAAUUCAAAGUUGCGGCAAUGGCCUUCACAGAGCACGUGUUGCAGGGUGCUCUUUCUAGUCGGAUUUGUGAAAGUGCAGUAUGUGCUUCCGGCAAUUUGAAAAGUUGUGGCUGCUCAUGCAAACUCACGAGCGGAUCUCAUGUCGUGAGAUGCAAAUCAAGUUCGGGAAUGGAAUUUGCGAAGGUAGCUGAAAUCCAGCGGUCACCUCUAGUGAGAACUCUGGCAAUUGUUCCAGUUUCUUCACAAUUAAAGGCAAAAGGUAGCGCAGGUUCCUCGGACGCUAACGAGCAAAAAAACUUCAAACAGCGGAAGUCGAAUGACAGACGCAGUUUUAUCGGGAAAAUGACUUCCUUGAGUCUUUUCAGUAUCUCUCUGGGACCAGUAUUUUGUGAGUCAGCAGGUGCUGCCUCGAAUUUCUGGAAUGGAAGUGAAGGAAAUGGAGGAAAUACAGCGAAAGUAGUAAAGAAAAAGCCUGUACUUAUCACACUAGCAGCGUAUGCUGUCACCAAAGUCGCUUACGAAAAGAUCACACAUCUUUUCGCGGAGCAUUGGCUCAAAGAACAUGGGCAGGAGGUGAAAUUUCGACUAAGUCUAGCUGGGAGUGGAGCUCAAGCUAGAGCAGUUAUAGAUGGACUGCCUGCAGAUGUAGUGUCCCUGGCGCUUCCUCUAGAUGUUCUCAAGAUCGAGGAGGCUGGAUUGAUUGAUUCUGAUUGGCAAAAACGCGUGCCAAACAAUGCCGUACCUGCGGAAACAACGGUUUGCAUCGUGACAAGGCCUGGCAACCCUAAGAAUAUUACAGAUUGGCAAGACCUCGCAAGGAGCGACGUGUCAUGUUUGACAGCAAAUCCAAAAACCGCUGGAGUUGCUCGAUGGAAUUUCCUUGCUCUGUGGGGCUCUGUCACUGUCGAAGGAGGAAGCGAAGAAGAAGCACAAACCCUCAUUGAGAAUGUGUUUAGGAAUGUGCCUGUAGAACCACGCGACGCCCGUGAGGUCUCAGAUGUGUUUUAUAAACAAGGACUGGGAGAUGCGAUGAUCACUUAUGAAAAUGAAAUUGUCCUCACGAAUGAGAAGAUUGUUGAGAGCCGAGGAGAAGCUCUUCCGUAUACCAUACCACCAGUGAAUGUCAGAGUGGAGAUGUCGAUCGCGGUUGUGGACAAGAAUGCGCGAAGAAGCGGUGUUUAUGAGGUAGCUGAGGCCUUCGUAAACUACUGCUUUACUGAACCUGCCCAAAGGGAAUAUGCCAAGACCGGGUUCAGACCUUACGUGCAAUCGGUUGCAGAGGAGUUCAAUAUUAUACCUGUGGAGAAGCCCUGGAAAGUCGAGGAGCAAGUCGGGGAGUGGUUGCAUGUGCAGGAGAAAUUUUUUGCAGAUAAAGGAAUGAUCGAUGUCAUUGAGCAAAAUAUUAGAGCAUCCAGAUUGGGGACUUAGUGCUCCUGUCACAGACACGUUUUUGACCUCUUUAGUACUUAGUGAGGCUGAAAGGUAGAGAUAUGACGGCCGGCCAGGGUGUUCGCCUCCACAGACCCGAUUUCCCAAAGGGUAUUCCAGCAAUCUUAAGUCUCGCUGUGAGUGAAAAUUCAUUCUUUACCAGGCCUUUAUUAGUUGGUAGGGCAUGCCCAGGGCAUCGAGUCUGACACGUGAAUGUGAGGCAUAGUAGCACUAAUUAGAUCUCCAACUAGACUUUCUUGACAAAUCUGUCACCCAUGAGACAUGUGGGUUUGUUUCAUCAACUUAUUUUGAUGAAUGAAGUUACAAUACACAUCG